AAGUUUUAAACAAGCCUAAACAUUUCACUUCGCGAAAAAUUAGACUUACCCUCGCAUCCUUCUCUCUCUCUCUGUCUGUCUCUCCCUCCAUACACCUCUCUGACCCUCGCCGUGUGUCUUUCCAUCCUCACUCGCGUUUGUUAAAACUAGACAACUAUUGGGACUGGACAGAGUCAAGUUUUGGGGCUUUUUUUCUAGUUCUCGCUAAUUCAGCAAUUCUGUCAUUCAUUCGUUUUCUUCCUCACCUCACGCUCUUCCUCUGUAAACUACUGUCGCGAGCCGUUCGCGCGGAUACUAAGAGAGAGAGACGAACUUUGGAGCACGUGACAACAUCUGGAGCUUCAUUUAUUUAUUAAUUUAUACGCUUUUGUUUCUUUGUUUAUUUCUUUGCAUAUUUAUUUGCAACGUAUCUACUUUUUUAAAAAAAAAAGGACCUGGACAAAUAUGAAAUUGCUGGGUGACUCCUCCUCAUCGCUGCUCCUCUCGCUGCUGUUGGCUCAACUUCAUCUGUUAGCAUCUGCCUUCCCUGCCCACCACCGGCGGACCCAGACUGACUUUGACAAGCUGACCAAUCAGACCAGACACCUUCUGAAGCUGACUCAGGAUCUACUGAAAAACCCAGUGUUUGCCACAGAGAUUGAUCACCAUAGGUUCAAGUCUCUUCCAGCGAUCAGCAGCAGAGUCAGUGACCUCACCACUCUGGAGUUCAAGUCUACACUUUCUCAGCUCUAUGCAGACUUAAAGUCCUUUGAGCACCAUUUCGAGUGGCUGAACAGAACAACACGCAAGCAGCAGCACAGCUCAGUACCAAAGCUGACAGACAUGAUCUCCCACAUUAAGAGCCUCAUAAACGCCUUACAGCGUCAGAUGACCCGAGCAGAGGCUCCCCGGAUCGCCGUUCCCUCUCCCUCGCUCCCACCUAAUCCUGCUUUUCACUGGGAGGUGGUUCAGUCCUCUCAGGAACUCCUGCAGCAGUUCAGGCUCUUCUGUGACUGGGCCUCCCGAGUGUUCCUUACCUUCAAAUCCAGAUUACCAGCAUGAGGAACCUCAGAGGCAUCACAAAAAAAAAUAAAAAUUGGGCCAGGACUUGAUCGUUGGCCAGAUGGACUGGCCAUAGGGAGCACCGGGACUUUUCCCAGUGGGUUGGGUCAAUGUAUGCGAUAAUGGUUUUGAUAUUGUCAGGCCGUAACAUCUGAGUAACAGGAGGGAAGUUGAGUAUUUCAACUUGUCCUCUCACAACCGUUCACAACCUACUCUUGUUCAGUCUCUUUCCAACCGCCACGGCUUUGAACUUUUAAAUUAUAAGAAUGAGAGUAAAUCUGUUCAUAAUUAAGGCACACAAAAUUAUAAAUAUUCCGUAUGGAACCAGGAAGACAAUGACUGAUUUGAUCAUUACUACCUCUUAAAAAAUGUGGUCCAGUCCCAAGUUGUAAAUUGAGUCAUAUAAAGGGGCAUAUUAAACCAUCUGAAACCAUAUUGGAAAUGUAAAAAAAAAAAAAACUGAAUACUAUGUGUGAUGCUGUGGUGGUGGAUUAUCUGUGGUGGGUUGUGAUGGGCUGUGUAUGUCCCAGACUGAUUUGUUUUUAGUCCCAGUCCAUCCCAGUUGCGUUCUGAAGCCUGAUCAGUGAAGGAGUCUGAUCUGAAAAAAACAGUGCACUCCAGUCGACAUCCUGCUUCUGAUGCUCCAUUUAACCUUAAACCUUCCUUUGCCUUUUCUUUUUUUUUAUACAAAUUAAUUUUUCAGAACUAUUUGUUAUUUAUGUAUUUAUUUAUUUAUUGACUAGUUAUUUAUUUGAUAUUAUUUAUUUGAUUUCUUGAUAAUCGUGUCAACAUUCUUUCAUUUGCAAGUCAAGAAGCAAAAUGUACUCUCUUUCUUAUUUUCCUUUAUUCAUCUGCUUCUCCUGUACCACACACAAAACCACAUGUAUGACAGUGCCAUUUCCUGUCUUAUUAAACGGAUUGUAUUUUCA